AUGCUCUUUCUUCAAGGAUCAGAGGCUAUAUUUAAAGUGGCUUUAAGCCUUUUGGGAAGCCAUAAGCCCUUGAUUCUGCAGCAUGAGAACCUAGAAACUAUUGUUGAUUUUAUUAAAAGCACUCUCCCUAACUUGGGUUUGGUACAGAUGGAAAAGACCAUUAGUCAGGUGUUUGAAAUGGAUAUUGCCAAGCAGUUGCAAGCUUAUGAAGUUGAAUACCAUGUGCUUCAGGAUGAGCUUAUAGAUUCAUCUUUAAAUGACAAUCAGAGACUGGAUAAAUUAGAAAAGGCAAACAGUAGCUUGCGCAAACAAAACUUUGAUCUCCUGGAAGAACUGCAGGUGGCUAAUGGAAAGAUCCAAAACCUUGAAGCCACAGUAGAGCUUUUAUUGACCAAUGAAGGCAAACUGAAGGAGUCCAUUCUCACUCUUGAGCAGGAACGAGCAGGUUUGCUGAAAGCCGUGGAAGAGAUGCAGAAAAAGAUGGGUGAUACAGCUGGGAAGCCUCUACUUACUAGACAAGAACACAUGGAUGCUGACUGACACUCACAGAUGUAAUGGAGCAGAGAAGCUGAGCAAGAAACAAAGGGAAGAACUGGGUCUUUCUGUCAUGAUCCAUAGGGAUUUGACAUAGUCACCUUCAUUGUACAUGCCUUACUGUAGCAAAGCAAGAUACAGGCAUGGUGGCUUCCCAUAUCAGAGAACCUGGUUUCUCGGGGAGAAGGCUUGUUCUUCUUAGUGUGUAGAAAUACUAUGAACCAUAAGAUGCCACAUAAUAAUAAGCAGGAGAAACCUAAUCAUGCAUGCAGUCAUACACAAUACACUGUAAAGAUGUCAUGCAUUCUUCCUUAAGUGCUUCUAAACCUAAGUGCU